GAUGUUCGUUGAUGGGGGAAUCAGCAUGACCUAAAAACAGGUCCUGUAAAAAAUCGUAUUUUUACUCGCAGAUACUAUCGUUACAUAAACUUGGGCGCAAGAACUUCUUCCUGAUUUGUGGUAAAACUGGCAAAACUAAAAGGCUACAUUCGGAUAGGCCGGAGGUUUGGGAUAUUUAGAGUCUGCUGAUCAGUGUCAAGGGUGUUCGAGACUUGCCUACACUCUCACCAACAUUGAAAUUCCUCUGUCUUCCAUGUCGCAACCUAAAGGGACUGCUAUUGUCACAGGAGCGAGCCAGGGAAUUGGCCGUGCCAUUGCACUUCGCCUUGCUGAUGAUGGCUUUGAUAUCGCUCUGAAUGACAUUGCGACCAAGAGCAUGGAAUUGGAGGCUGUAGCGAGUGUCAUUAAUAGUAAGGGGCGACGAACUAUCGUUGUUCCAGCAGAUGUAUCGAUGGAGGAUGAGGUCAGAGGGAUGACUGCAACCACUGUUCGUGCUCUGGGGGGCAUCGACGUAAUGAUAGCUAACGCCGGGAUAAUCACAUUUGGCAAUGUCUUGGACGCCGACGUAGAAAGCUUCGACGCCACUUUCUCUGUGAAUGUCCGAGGGACGUUCCUCUGUUAUAAGUAUGCUGCCCGGCAGAUGAUCGAGCAAGGACGAGGCGGAAGGAUCAUAGGCGCAUCAUCAGUGGUCGGGAAGAAAGCCACCAAGGAUUUCGCUGUGUAUAGCAGCAGCAAAUUUGCUGUGAGGGGGCUGACUCAGGCUGCAGCGAUGGAGCUUGGCCAUCACGGUAUCACCGUGAACUGCUAUGCUCCAGGGCCCAUCCAGACAGAAAUGCGUGCGCAUUAGAGUGUUUUUGUUGUUCCAACAAUGUCCGAACCCACUUUCAGUUCGAACCUUGAGAGAACAAAGG